GAAAAGACACUCUCUCGGUAUGGGCAUUCGUCCCUCGGGCUGUUGGACAUGCCGAAUUCGACACCGGAAAUGCGAUUCGAGAACCCCCACCUGCAAAGAAUGCACCGACCGUAACGUCCAAUGUCACGGCUACGGGCAGAAGCCGGAGUGGAUGGAUGGCGCUGCUGAAGAAGAGAAGGAGAACCUGAGGAUCAAAAAGGCAGUCAAGGAGAAUUUCCGUAGCCUAAGGAGAAUUCAGAAUAGAGCUCGCCAAAACCGACGCGAUGUUGCACCACGGCUGCAGGCAGUUCCGGCUCAGGAAGAGCAGGAUUGGGGACCUAGUGGAUCGAUAUCCCCGCAUCACGGCAGCAAUCUCCCUGAUUCUGGGCUAGACAGCAGAGAUUACGCAUCAAUCUCACCAAACAAUGAGUCCAGUUCCGGAAGUGCUAACAGCACUCGGUCAGCGUACAUAGAGUUGGCAAGGCAAGAGCCGAGGCGGAUACCAUGGAUCGACUCACACGAUGCUAGUUUGCUGAUGCAUUACUUGGACCAAGUGUUUUCUUGGCAGUUCCCUUACCACUCAUACGCCUCUAGGUCGGGAAAUCGAGGCUGGCUGCUUUCGCUACUGAUCCAACAAGGCCCCCUUUAUCACGCCAUCCUGAGCUUGUCCUCCCUUCACCAGAGUGUAUUACUCGGCCGAGAGGAGGAAUAUUGCCAGCAAUGCAUAGCGUUUGACCGCCACUCCAGAGCAUUGAGAGAGCUCUGUGCAUUUAUGAGUUGCAAAGAAGAACAAUUAUUCAACGAUGCAGCGCAAAUGACGGAAUUUUUGGCAUCCGGCAUAAUGCUUAUUACAUUUGAGGUAUUUCGAGGUGGCGAGCAUGAUUGGCAGCUGCAUCUGAAUGCGCUGACUUCUACAUUGAGCCAGCUCACAACACAAGAUAUCUUCGCGCCAGGACAUUGUCGUGAUGACUCUCAACGGGACCAAAUGCACAAUCAUCUUAAUUUCAUGGAAAACAAAGACCGUGACGGCCUACAAUUUCUCAUCACUGCGGCCCUCUGGUUCGACAUCCUCUCAUGUGUCUCCACCGGCAAAGUACCAGCGCUCCCUUAUAGUCAAUGGCUCAGUAUCCCUGGAUUGGACACAGCGGCUGUCAUGGGCUGUCAAAAUUGGAUCAUGGCAUUGAUUGGUGAUUUGGCCAACCUGAAACAAUGGAAGGACAACAGCAUAAAAACCGGAUUGCUUAGUACUCGCGACCUAGCAGUCAAGGGCCAACGAAUUGAGAGUGCCCUCGAAAAUGGUAUUAAACAACUGGAAAUAAAUGAAAAGGGUCUCACAGAUAAAGAGAUAAAUGUCCUGUGGGUAUCUCGAAUGUUUGCUCUCGCAGCACUAGUACUGUUACAUACCAUCAUAUCUGGACCUCUGCCGAAACUUCCGGAGAUACAAAGUGCUGUUUCAAGAACCAUUGCAACACUUCAUACUCGGCCAAAAUCUUGUCCUGCCAAUGGUAUUGUGUGGGCAAUAUGUGUCACAGGAUGUAUGGCACAGCCAACUGUACAGCAAUCUUUUGAAAGCUGCAUGAAAGAAAUGUUAGCCGAUCACGGCAGGUUUGGGAAUUGCUCUACAGUUCUCAGGGUAAUGAGGAAGUGCUGGGAACUCCAGCAGCACGGCGUUGCUGAUUGCAAAACAGCCAUGGUGGAAAUGGGCAUUUGUGCUCUUUUGAUUUAGAAAACAAUUAAUGUAGGACAUUAUCUGAGCAUUAAAAUUGUGGUAAUGGACUACAACAGCUAGUCCACGAAAGGACAUAUCGAAGCACUGCCUAGAAUGACCAAAACCCCUCGCCACCAGCCCAAAAGAUCAACAUGUGGAAAAUUUGUCAAGGCUU